UUAUCACGCGUUAAGUCGCAGUUUGUUAUUGACGCUGGUGAAAUGACCAAGCAAAUGUUUCCUCCUUUGCUGGUACUCAUUCUAAUGCUAAUUGUGAACUCCAAAUGUGAGCAGCAAAUUGAGCAACAAGUCCAAUUCCAUGACAUCGAUAAAGAUGAGAAGGCUCCCUGCAAGCCCAGCGUGUCUUUUGAAGAUUUCUCGAGUCUGGAGAAAACUUUAUGUGACAAACGGGUUGAGUUGGCGGAGGAAAAGCUGAAAAGUAUGACGGCGCAAUUGAAUUUGCAAAAGAUGUACUGGGAGAGCCACUGGAAGACCGUGAAAGAAAGCGGUGAACUCAAGUUGGCCAAGUGCGAGGAGCAAAAGGUUUGUCUGCAAGUCAACAAAGGGCUGCAUGAUCAGAUGUGCGACUAUAGGAUUCAGCUGGCCCAAAAUUCUCAGGAUCAAUGUAAUUGCAGUGGUGUGGAAAAUGCCAUUGAAAAAUUAAAAAGGAAAAUAAAUCCUGGCACUCCUGACCUCUCAGAAAAGCUUGUGUCGCUUUACACAGGACGGAAAUACUUCAUUAGCACCGAGAAGCUGAAUUGGUACAAGGCCUUCCAGCGGUGCAAGGCAAGUGGCCUGGAACUGGUGAGCAUCGAGAGCAAGUUGGAGAAUGACGAGCUAAAGAGGCUCGUUGACAACACCAAGGAGCAUUACUGGAUUUCGGCCACUGACCUGGGCUCGGAGGGAAAAUUCUAUUGGGCGGGCACGGGCCAACCUUUCGGGGCGUUCAACGACUUUCCCGCUGGCCAACCCAACAAUGCCGGCAACAAUGAGCACUGCAUCCACUUGCACCACUCGUGGGGUGGCGAGAAUACGUUUGCUUGGAAUGACAUUAAUUGCGAGACCCAACAUUUCAGGUUUAUCUGUGAGCUUGAAGAAUAAGAUAUUAUUACUGUCAAAUGUUCUUUCCUUAAUUUGUUAAUAAAAUUAAUUAUUAACUAAAUAAUAUUACACUUACG